UCUGCUCAGUCCUGCCCCAGCUUCAGGAGGAGUUGGAGUGGCCUGGCUCCAGCCCUGUGCUCUUAUCAAGUCCCAACUCCUAGUCAUGGAAAUGGCCCUGCUUCUCCUCCUCCUUGGGUGUUUCAGUGUCCAAGAGGUGAACACAGAAUCUCAGAAGGAUACAACCACAUUGCAGACGUCCAAUUUUACUUUGGCUUCAACUAUCUUUGAGGCCCUAAACCUUAACUCAAGGACCUCCGACCAUAUGCUAACAACGGCCCCUGAGAAAAAUGACAGCACUGGGCACUGGCUCUCCUCAUCUUCCUCAAUUCUUCAUACAGCCAGUGAUGUGUCCUCUCCUGAGACUUCCAUUGCUACCAGCGGUGGCCUUCUUGUAUCUGAUUCAACAAUCCCCCAGGAAGUUUCCACCGAGAAAUCAUCAAUGCUCCAGGAAAUCUCUAAUGAAACCAGUAACCCUAUUGUCCCGACAAUGACCACUAUGACUGGUGGAAUCACGACAAUUGGCUCUCUGGAGACCUUCGGUGGGACCGGUGGACCCUCUGUCACCGUGGCAGCUAGCUAUUUGGAGACCUUAGACAAGACUGGUGGACUCUCUGUCACCAUGGUAACUAGCUCUCUGGAGACUUCAGAUGGGACUGGUGGACUCCCUGUCACCAUGGCAACUAGCUCUCUGGAGACUUCAGAUGGGACUGGUGGACUCCCUGUCACCAUGGUAACUAGCUCUCUGGAGACCUCAGAUGGGACUGGUGGACUCCCUGUCACCAUGGUAACUAGCUCUCUGGAGACCUCAGAUGGGACUGGUGGACUCCCUGUCACCAUGGUAACUAGCUCUCUGGAGACCCCCAAGGGGCCCAGUGGCUCCCCCAUCUCCAGGGUAAAAAUAUCCACCAUGACUACCCCAGGAACCUCUGCAAACACAGGCAGUAGACUCUCCCCAAAUUCAAAGCAGGGGACAAAUAACAGCUGGCUAAUGGCUGUAGUCAUGUCCCUGCUUGUAGUCAUUGUCCUCCUGGCACUGCUCCUGCUGUGGCGCCAGCGGCAGAAGCGGAGAACAGGGGCCCUGACACUAAGCAGAGGUGGGAAGCGCAAUGGAGUGGUAGAUGCCUGGGCCGGGCCAGCCCGGAUGUCAGAUGAGGAGGCUGUGAUAACAGCAGGAGUGUCUGGUGGCGACAAGGCCUCUGGGGUCCCCGAAGGGGAGGGGUCUGGCCGGCGGCCCACACUUACCACUUUCUUUGGUAGACGGAAGUCUUGCCAAGGUUCCUUGGCACUGGAGGAGCUAAAGGCUGGGUCAGCCCCCAGCCUAGAGGGAGAGGAAGAGCCGUUGGUGGACAGCGAGGAUAGGGCUAUGGAGGCCCCUGCUUCUGAUGGCCCAGAAGCGGGAGAUGUGGAGGUCCCUUAGUGCUUGCGAAUAAGAGGACUGGAGAUCAGAGUCACUUCUAGCUUUCAUCACCUUCUCUCCUAUUGUCGCUUCCAAUCUCAUCAUCACCCCACGUUGUCACCCAGCAUCUUCACUCUGAAUCCUCGUCUAGCUUCUAAACCCUGGAACUUCCAGCCAGCCUCCACACCCAACAUCCACGCCCAGCACCGAAGCCAAGGCCUGUACCCACUGAAUACUUGAAGACUGACUGAAUGAAACUUCCUUAUCAACCCCUACUUGUCUUCAUCACCUUUUACUCUACAUUUUUGUCCCUGAAACCAGAUACCAAACUUCCUUGACCUAUGAUUGCUCAGAAGAUGUCCCAGGGACACCAGAGUCUAGGAAGAAGGAAAGGAUAAUCCAGCAAACUCCCAUCAGGGAUUACUCUGGAAAGCUCAUUUGGCUCCAUAGAUUAGGACUGUCUUACUGGGUCACUCUGUGAACCUCCUUUAACUUUGGGCUCCAGUGCUCUGUAUCAGGCCAGCCUGGAGCUUGGGCUGGGUGGUGCCAUCUAGAUAUGCUCUCAGGUGUACCUGUGACAGCACUAGGACUCUAGGCUAGCACAUAGCCCAAGCUACCACAGAGUCCCCCACUUAUGGACGGAGACAGCCAAAGGCUUCAGUUAUUUCUCCUCCCAAAGGCAGAGGUGAUAAGAGUUUUGGGGUGGGUGUCGUCUCAGAAGCCCCAGUACCAGCGUGGGUCCACUCGUGGGUGCAGCGUGUGUGCGAGAGACAAGAUUUGGUGAUGUUUGUGAAGGGUAGUGGUGAGUACAGAGGGCGUGAGUGAGGGUGCAGGUGGGGCUGCCGAGGCGGAGGACAUGCCAACCUGAAGAACUGCUGAAAACAUGUGUGCCCUCAUCUUUGAUCGGGCGGGGGCGGAGGUAGGAGAUGUAACGCUGUAGCCCAAUAAAAGGAUGUCGGGCUUGAUAGAAAAA